AACGGCAAGAAAUGAGUAAGCGAUUGCUGAGGGAUGGAGACGCUUUGUUAUUGUCAGUUAUUGUUGUUUGUAGUUGCACGUGGUUGCUCGUUACCAUGAAGGGCGAUAAGAAGAAUGUUGGAAACAAGAAUCGCCAGAAAAAGGAAGACGACGAAAAGGAGCAACGCGAGAAGACGUUCGAUAAAAAGAAAUAUAGAUUAAAAAAGUACAGCAACAAAUAUAAAAUUAAUCAGUGGGAAGAAAGGAGAAAGAAGACCGUAUUGCGUGACUUUCAUAAGGAACUCAAGAGAGAUCAGCAAAAUUCCACGCAAGCGUCAAUAAAUUCAAAUAACACAUCAAAGGAUGCACAAGAAACAAGUAACUCGAAGAAAGCCUACGCCUUUCACAAGGCUAAACAAAAGUAUCAGGAAACAAAAAAAGAGAAGGAGAGAAAAAAGCAGGAAACCGUUCGUAUAAAAUCAGAACGAGAAGAAGCUUUAAAAAGAUAUAAAGAAAAAAAGAUGCAAACUUUCAAGGUACUAUCAAAGAAAACCAAGAAAGGACAACCUAUCAUGAAGGGAAGGAUAGAGAUGCUGCUGGAAAAGAUCCAGCAAAGUGUAACGUAAUCAAUAGUUCCUUGGAAGAUAAUAAUUUGUUUCUUUGUGUUUUGUUAAAAUAUGUAUAAAAUGGAAAUUUGUGACAAGUGAAAGAUAAAUACAUAUUGUGCGUUGUGAUAUACCAUAAUAUCAUAAGCGUUUAGAAAAAUGAUGAAACACACUUUUGUAACAACUAUAUAUGAAUAUAUAUAGGAUAUUCAAAUGCUCCCAUAGUUUCCUAGAAUCUUGCUAAAAAUAUCUGAGUCAAAAAUGAUCUCAGACUUUUUGUAGUACAUAUUUCAUCUUAGAAUAUCCUUAGAGUAUCAACGUAGGUCUUGAUAAUAUCAGAUAGAAUAAUGUAUUUGUUUGCCGCUAACUUAAAGCUUAAUAAUAAAGUUAAUUUUUAUGAAA